AUCUCCUAUUUGGAGUUAGCAAGCUCCUCCCCUUCUGAGAUCCUGAGCAUCAGGAGCUUCUUACUGGUGGAAGGUUAUUAAAUUCCCAGCACAGACUGGCUAACUCUGAUCACUCAGGGCAUCUCUCAGCACAAGAGCUCACUGGAAGCAGAGUCUCUUUUGGGUCACCGGUUCAGCCCAGCUAGUUUGAUCGGAGUGUGUUGAGUGACACCGCCAGCAUGACCAAAAGCACCGGGGAGAAGCCGCGGUCGCGCAAUCGCGUGCAGCAGAUCCGAGAGGGAAUUCACCUGCGUUCCCUAAAGGCGAGGAAGAAAGUGGAGGACAUCACUAAAGAUGACGUAAAGAGCUUUCUGAGAAGAAAUGCUUUUGUGCUCCUCACCGUUGGAGCUGUGGUCUUUGGUAUCUUGCUGGGUUUUGCUUUGAGGCCAUAUAAAAUGUCAUACAGAGAAGUGAAGUAUUUCUCCUUUCCUGGUGAGCUAUUGAUGCGUAUGCUGCAGAUGCUAGUGCUUCCCCUUCUUGUCUCAAGUUUGAUUACAGGCAUGGCGGCAUUGGACAGUCGCGCCUCUGGAAAGAUGGGCAUGCGUGCAGUCAUAUACUAUAUGACCACCACUUUCAUCGCAGUGUUCAUCGGCAUCAUUAUGGUUCUGAUUAUCCACCCGGGUAAAGGCUCAAAGGAUGAAUUCACUAAACAGCAGAAAAUCGAGCAGGUCAGCCCAGCCGAUGCCUUCCUCGACCUCAUCAGAAACAUGUUUCCUCCUAAUCUGGUUCAGGCCUGCACUCAACAGUUUAAGACACAAUAUAGCAAGAGGGUCAUUCACGUGAAGAUGAUCGUAAACGAUUCGAUAUUCAACCUAACUAACGCCACCCAGGAGAUUGCCCAAGAGGAAGUGAUCCCUCUCCCGGGCACCACCAGCGGGGUUAAUGCCCUCGGGCUGGUGGUGUUUUCAAUGUGCUUCGGCUUGAUCAUUGGGAAUAUGAAGGAACAGGGACAGGCUCUCAGAGACUUCUUCGACUCCCUCAACGAGGCCAUCAUGCGACUUGUUGCUAUUAUUAUGUGGUGAGUGAUUCCAGACACACAAAC